AUGAGGAACCACAGCACCAUCACAGAGUUCAUUUUUAUUGGCCUGUCUAACAACCCUAUCAUCGAGGCUCUGCUCUUUGUGCUCUUUUUAGGGAUCUACGUCAUUACGAUGACAGGAAACCUGACCAUGCUGCUGGUGAUCAGGACUGAUUCUCAGCUGCACACGCCCAUGUACUUCUUCCUGAGCAAUCUCUCCUUCUUAGAUUUCUGUUUCUCUUGUGUCACCAUGCCUAAACUCCUUCAGGACCUCCUGUCCGAGAAGAAAACCAUCUCGGUCAAGGGCUGUCUGGCCCAGGUUUUCUUCGUGUAUAUCACUGCGGGGACUGAAGCCUUUCUCCUCUCCAUGAUGGCCUAUGACCGCUAUGCCGCCAUCUGCCACCCUUUGCUCUAUGGCCAGAUGAUGAGCGACCAGCUCUGUCUGAAGCUGGUUUUGCUCUCUUGGUGCUUGGCCUCCAUCAAUUCCAUUGUCAUUGUGCUUCUGGCUGUCAACCUUGACUUCUGUGAUGCUCAGGUCAUACGCCACUACACGUGUGAGCUGCCCUCCCUGUUCCCUCUCUCUUGCUCAGAUAUCUCCAUCCAUGUGAACAUCUUGAUCUGUGUCAUCGUGCUACAUGGCUUUGGGACCUCCAUCCCAAUCUUUUAUUCUUAUGCUCGCAUCGUCUCCAGCAUCCUGAGCAUUAGUUCCACCACCGGGAGAAGCAAGGCCUUCUCCACCUGCUCCUCCCACCUCGUGGCAGUGAUCCUGUUCUUUGGUUCGGGUUUGGUUCGCUACCUAAUGCCCACCUCGGGGUCCUCCCUGGACAUGCUCUCCUCCUUGCAAUACAGCGCGGUGACGCCCAUGCUGAAUCCCCUCAUCUAUAGCUUAAAAAAUAUGGAGGUCAAGGCAGCAAUGAAACGGACGUGGGAGAAAUACCUGCAGUAUUUUAGGUAG